AUGAGUGGGCGACUUCUAUCAGCAAGCCUUCGGCCGUUGGGCCGGAGAGUUCGAGUCAACCCCCAAGCAGCGCGUCAGUCCCACCAUCGCGCGACUUCUUCUGCCGGUGGACUUCUGAGAUCAGGUUCGGAUUCUGCUGUUCGGGCAGCGCGGCGACGGGCAUGGCCCCCUGGUUACUUCCCAUUUUCUAAUGCGGUGGUGGUCCGAAAUGCCUCCUUUGUUCGUAUACUGCCAAACCUUCUGUUGAAGUUCGCCAGGAUUCCGGCUUUGUUCGCGGGCAUGACAAUUACCGGUCUGGCAUAUGUACAAUACCAAGCGACGCAGGCGGGCAACUAUGCACUCGAUGUCUUCGGUCGGACGAAGGAUACGGUUACUGAAGUUGCGGGUGGCAUAUUUGGCAGUGCCAAAGAUAUCGCAGAUCAAACCCGGAAGGGAUGGGAAAAUUCCAAAGAGCAGGUAGAGCUGCCUGAGUGGAUGCAGAAGAUAUUACGCAUUCAUGAAGAAAUUGGAGAACCGCGAAGUGAUAGCGGCGGUGAGGGCGGCGGUGGACAAGGCCCAGGAGGUGAACCGCCCAAGCAGUCCAGAAUGGGGACAGCAGCUGCAGGGGCCACUGCAGCCGCGUAUGGAUAUGAUCAAUCGGAAGAGGAAGAUCUAGGCGCAGACGAGGACGUAGCAAAGGAUGAUCAAAUGAUGGUGUUGACCAAGAAGAUGAUUGAGAUUCGAAGCAUACUUCAGACAGUCGGCCAGUCGAAUGCCUUGACCCUACCGUCAAUCGUGGUCAUUGGUUCCCAAUCGUCCGGAAAGAGCUCCGUCUUGGAAGCAAUUGUUGGGCACGAAUUUCUACCAAAGGGAUCGAAUAUGAUCACCAGGCGGCCAAUUGAGCUCACCCUUGUCAAUACUCCUAGUGCUCAAGCCGAAUAUGGAGAAUUCCCAGCACUAGGCCUUGGGAAAAUCACAGAUUUCUCGCAUAUCCAGCGGACUUUGACGGAGCUCAACCUGGCAGUGCCGGAAUCUGAAUGUGUCUCAGAUGACCCUAUCCAACUCACCAUUUCCUCCCCAAACGUCCCAGACUUGUCCCUUAUCGAUCUACCUGGAUAUAUUCAGGUUGUAGGGCACGAUCAGCCUGCCGAAUUGAAGCAGAAGAUUGCUGAUCUAUGCGAUAAAUAUAUUCAACCCCCGAAUGUGAUCCUGGCAAUUUCAGCUGCGGAUGUUGAUCUUGCGAACUCCACAGCCCUGAGGGCUAGCAGGCGAGUAGAUCCAAGGGGAGAAAGAACCAUUGGAGUCGUGACCAAAAUGGACCUUGUUGAUCCUAGAAGAGGAGCAUCAAUUCUAAACGACCGAAAGUACCCAUUACGGCUUGGCUAUGUUGGCGUCAUCCCACGAGUACCUGCACAAUCGACAAGUUUGUUCAAGAAGGGCAGCGGAAGUAUAGCAUCGGCAAUUACCAGAAAUGAGAAUGCCUUCUUUUCAGCCCACCCGCUUGAGUACGGCGCUGAAUCUGGGCUAAGCGUCGGAACAACCACCCUUCGCAAGAAGUUGAUGCAAGUGCUCGAACAAACCAUGUCAGCCAGUCUCCAGAGCACGAGUGAUGCGAUCCAUCAGGAACUCGAAGAAGCCACUUACGAGUUCAAAGUCCAAUACAACGACCGACCCCUCUCAGCAGAGUCCUACCUCGCCGAGAGCCUUGAUGCUUUCAAGCAUUCGUUCAAAGAAUUCACAGAAAAUUUUGGCCGUCCCCAGGUCCGCGAGAUGCUCAAGGAGGAACUGGAUCAAAGGGUGCUAGAUCUUCUUGCCGCGAAAUACUGGAACAAGCCAGUUACAAACCUAUUACCGGCACCAUCGGAUCCUGACUCACUUGCCGAUCUUCCAAAGGCUGACCCAGAGUCCUUGUACUGGCAUAGAAAACUAGAUGGUUCUACUUCGGCGUUGACUAAGCUGGGUAUUGGUCGCCUUGCAACAACCGUUGUCGCGAACGCAAUCCAAACUAAUGUGGAUCGCCUAAUUUCACAGAGCACAUUCGCAUCCCACCCCUUCGCCCGACAAGCAAUCACUGAAGCUGCAGCCGGGAUUCUCAAUGAAAGGUUUUACAGUACCAGUGACCAGGUCGAAAAUUGUAUCAAGCCGUAUAAAUUUGAAAUAGACGUCGAAGACGCAGAAUGGGCUCGUGGGAGGGAGCACGCCGCUGGCGCCUUGAAGAACGAAUUAACGGCAGUCGAAGAUGCGGUCAAGGCGGUAGAAAAGACUGUUGGCGGGAAAAGAAAACUAAAAGAUGUGAUAUCAUUUGUGGACAAAGCGCGGAAAGGGGAGGUAAUUGUAGAGGGCGGUGGAGCUAGUGGUGCUGGAGGUUUCAGCUCCGAUCUCCUUCAAAAAGGCCAAGAAGCGCUUUUCCUCUCCGACCGAGCCACCCUCCUCAAAUUCCGCCUUCAGGCCCUAAAGUCAACUCAAUGCGCCUCAAAGUCAAACAAAUACUACUGCCCUGAAAUCUUCUUAGACGUCGUCUCCACCAAACUAGUGUCCACUGCUGUUCUAUUUCUCAACGUUGAACUCCUCUCUGAAUUUGUGUACCAGUUCCCUCGCGAACUCGAUGUGAGGUUAGGACGCGGCUUGAGCCACGAAGAGGUGGAGCGCUUUGCGAGGGAAGACCCUAGGGUUAGAGCACACUUGGAUGUUAUUAAGAGAAAGGAGUUGCUUGAGUUAGUGCUAGAGAAGAUGGAGGGCGUGAGGGAUUUGGAGACUUCGAAGAGGGAGAGGGAGAGAGCCAGGAGGAAAAGAGCCGAUGGUUCUGCGAUUAAGGGAAAUGAAGGCAAGGGCAGGAGUGGAUGGGGUUUGUUUUGA